UGGUUUUCACAACAUAAUUUGAGUUAUUGAUAUGAAAAGUUACAAUCGAUUUUGCAAGAUUUUCAUGUUUUCGUUGUGUUCGCUUCAUUUGAAAUUAUGGACAAAAGAGUCAUAUGUCGUUCGAAAGAGAUCGCUUCGCUCUAUCAAACAAGACGUUAAUUUAGUUUUUAAGAUUUAUCGUUCCUGUGCAAUAGCUUCAGACAUAUGUAUGGAGACUUUUUCAUCGCGGGUUAUCUCAAUAAAAAUCAAAGUUUGUUACUUGAUUUGAUCAGAAAUGUUCUGAUGUACGUUAAGAAAAAUUUCUCCUGAUUAUAAACUUUUAGUAUGUGUCACCAUCAACCGUCUUCGACUACUGCCGAACUACAUUGGACAAAAAAUUGUAAAAUUAAAUCUUUUUGAAAAUCAAACAUUACGUACACCAACCAAUAUAUUUCACGAACUUCUCUUAACACGAGUCUUCAUUCUUAUGAUUACUAUUUUGUUUAUCACCACUGGAUUUUAUAUAUAUUUCGUUGAACAAAAUCAGAUAGUGACAAUUAAACAUCCAUCCCUUGUUACUUACGAACAAUUAUAUAAUGAUCAUUCAGCUACAUUACAAUGUCCUUGUUCACAAAUAUCAAUUUCAUAUGAAAAGUUUCUCAAUAUUACAUAUAUUUUACAUCAAGUAUGCACAAGUGAUUUUGUUUCACCAAAGUGGCUCACUUAUUUAUCAUCUUUUGAUCCAACUCUUGUACCUUCAUGGACUGAAACACCUUUUUCACGUGAUUUUCGUACAAUAGGUGCUUCUUAUUUUCAAUUUCUUGCCACUUUUUGUUCUCUAAGUCAAAUUAAUAUUAAUAAUGCAUUGAAUGUAUUCAUCAAUACUAAAUUUAUAAAUGAUCAUGUACUUCCUCCAUCACUUUUUGCUCAACAAACUCAAGCUAUGAUUGAAUCAUUCAUUGAUUCAACAAAGAAUAAUUUCGCACGUACACUUGAUUGGAUACACAUAACUUUUACCACAAGUUAUUUUUUGAUUGGUAGAAAUAUAAAUUUUCUUA